CUGAACGCAUCAAGACGCAUUACUUGUGUUUUCUUUAAGGUACUUUCGGGCGAUACAAUUGUUAUCCGUGAUAGACCUAUUGAUGGCCCGCCCCCCGAAAGAACCAUUGUUCUUUCGAAUAUCAGCUGUGGUCGUGUUGCUCGCAGACCCACACCCAACAAUCCAAAUGCGGGACCAGAGGAUCCAUUCGCCUGGCAAGCUCGGGAGUUUGUGCGAGCUAAGCUUAUCGGGAAGGAGGUGUGUUAUACGGUUGAAACAGAACUACCAUCGGGUCGGAAAUAUGGCAGCAAAUCGACUAAUGGUGAAAACAUUGCUGUGAUGUUGCUCGAAGAAGGGCUCGCCGAACUCCGAAAGCUUAAUGCGGUGGCUGCGGAAAAGAACCCCGUUUGUCAGCAACUGAUGGCUGCUGAAGAGUCUGCUAAAUCCACUGGAAAAGGUCGUUGGUCUUCUAAUCCUGUGAAUGCCGUUCGCGAGGUUGUUUGGUCUGUAGAUGAACCACGCAGUCUCGUAGAUAAAUACAAAGGAAAGCGGCUGCACGGAGUUGUAGAGUAUGUCAGAGACGGAAGCACUAUGCAGGUUACUUUGAUACCUGAUACUCUGGACGAGGGUUCAGUUUACUACAAUAUCAUGAUAUCACUCUCCGGAAUCAAAGCACCAACGGUCGCUGAACCAUUUGGGCUUGAUGCGCAGUUUUUUGUGGAAUCACGCUUGUUACAGCGGGAUGUAAUGGUAUUGCUGGAAUCUAUCAACAAUCAAAAUUUUAUCGGAAGCGUUCUCCAUCCUAACGGUAACAUUGCUGAAGUGCUGCUGCGAGAAGGUUUGGCUCGGUGCAUCGACUGGAACCUCAAUCUUGUCAGUGUCCCUGGGGCUUCUGAGGCCUACAAAGCUGCCGAGCGCUCUGCUAAAGAACGUCGUCUUCGUCUGUGGAUAGAUUAUCAACCACCACAAGGUGUAACUAACGAAGUUCAACAAACCAGAGAUCCAAAUAGUGUUUCUGCCGGAAUGUCCUUCUCUGGCCAGGUAGGCUAA